ACUGAAAGAUGCUGAGUCUAAAGGAAGACCAGAGAGGAGGAUUCUGGAUGCAGAGAAGGAAGACAUGAAGGUAGCUGCCGGUAGAGGAUGCAGGAGAAAGACGGAGGAAGCUGAUUGGCUGUGGAGACCCUGGAGGGAAACGCCCAAAGGAGAAGAAGAAGAUAUGAUGUCUUUAUUAAGGACUGCAGGGAAAUGAAAUGUCAUCAGACCACUGGCGCCAUGCGACAGCACGAACGCCAAUGUGCAACACGAGACCACUUAUAGAGUUCUUGAUCACACACUGCUGUCUUUGUCCACACCAGAAUCAGCUGUUUGACUUCAUGGCAUGAAGGGCUGAUGAGUGAGGAAGUCAAAGAACGUCACCCCCGGAGCUGACGGCUUAAGGUCACAGAUACAGAGAACUGUUACUUACUGCAGAGUACUGCAGAGUACUGCGGAGUACUGCAGUGUACUGCAUAAUACUACAGACGCAGACUGUGUGGUUGAUCCAGCAGGCAGGUAGACCAAAGUGAUCAGGAUGGUCAGUCCAGUCUGUUCCCCUCUCAUGAAGGUCUCACAUGUCCAUCUCCAGACCCGGCUCAGUGGUCUGGUACCGAUCCAAAUGAGGAUGCUGAGGCUGUGCAGGCUGCUGCUGUGGCAGCUGGCUGUCAGAGCAUCGUGUCACCUUGUUGCAGGUCUGUGUCGUGGCGGCUCGGACAUUUUCGCCUCGGUCAGAGAAAACAGUCCAAAGGGUCAGUUCAUCUCCAACAUCAGCAUUGGUACUGAUCCAGGAGCCCGUCCCGUCCGCCUGUGUCUGACAGGCAGGAACGCCGACUGGUUCUACUUAGAGGGUCGGUCCAUCAGACUCAACUCCUCUGCAUCCCGAGUCCUGGACCGAGAGGUUCACGGAUCCGUUCUGAAGGCAGAGCUCACCUGUUACGAACAUGAUGUCAUGCAGAUUCAGAACCGAAUCCUAGUGGAGAUCCUGAAUGUAAACGACAACAAGCCUGUGUUCCUGCAGGAAAGCAUCCAACCGCUGAGCAUCAGCGAGCUGGCUGCUGUGGACUCCGUUCUUUUCUCGGUGAAGGCAGUGGAUGCAGACGGAGACGAAAUCCGCUACGACAUCGAUCGGUCAUCGGCAGACACGUGGUUCUUCAGGAUCGAUGUGCCAAACUCUGGGGAAGUGGUUCUGAACAAACCUCUGGACUUUGAGAGCAGAACCUGCCUGCAGCUCGUCUUGUGGGCCGAGGAAUGGAACACCGUGGAAAGGUUCAACGUGUCGGCAGUCCUCACCAUAAACGUCCAGGACGGGGAUGACCAGUACCCUCACUUCCUGCCCUGCAUGCUGGUGUCUCAGAGUUUUCCGGUCUGCAUGAACCCCGUCUACACAGCAAACAUCUCCCACAAACACCAGUUUCAGGACAAGGUUCUGGAGUUUUCUCCGGGUCCAAUAAAAGCACAGGACGGGGACAGAGGAAUCAACUGUCCUCUCACCUAUUCCAUCCUGUCAGGUGAUGAGGGGGGCAGGUUUGUGAUCGACAACAGAACAGGUGAGCUCAGGAUAACAGGAGGCGUGAAGAGACCCCGUCUGCCCUCGACCAUCAAACUCAACAUCAUGGUGUGCCAGGUAGACGAUCCGCUGAAAUACAGCGUGGCAACAGUUCUGGUCAGAGUUCUGGGUGAGAAUAUGUUCCCCCCGGUCUUCAACAGAACCACCUUCAAAGGAUUCAUCAUCCAGAACUCUAGCCCCGCCUCCAUUGUCUCCACAUACGGGAACCAGGUGUUACAGGUUCAGGCAUUAGACCCCGACUUCUCUGAUGGACUGAACCAAAACAUCCGCUACUUCCUUCUGCCUCCAUCUGGACUGUACCAAGUGACCCAAGAGGGGGUUCUGAUCGGCAGAACUGACCAACUGCAAGCUUUUGACAGACACGUUUUGCAGGUCGUGGCCAGAGAUGAAGAAUCUGGAGAAGAAGCUUCUGCCUUAGUGGAUGUGGAGGUCUUACAGAGAGGACAAGCAGUGCCCCGUGGUGCGUUCAUGGAGCAGCAGCUCUUUGCGGACGUGGACAGCAGGCUCGCGGUUCUGGUCUCAGCUGUGGUUUUGUUGAUGGUUCUGUUGUUUUUCCUGUUUGUGCUGGUUUGGAUCAGCCGGAGGAGCCAAGCGCAGAACCCUGAAGAACCCGUGUCUGUGGGGAAACGUGCAGCUCUGGUGCACUCCGAUCCAUCUGUCUCUGAGAGCCAGUCUUUGUUCUCCGGUGGAACCAGUAGUGGACACGGUGAACCGUCCUUACCGUCUGAGAGCCUGCAUGGCAGAGAGGGGGUCUACACCAGGAGGCCGUCCAUGCCCCCCCCGCCUUCGUCACAGCUCUUCCUCAGAGAAACAGCCGGACGCCGUCCGUUUCAGUCAGACCUCUGCACUGUCCUGGAGAAACCUGAGGGUGGCGCUCACACCCGGACACAGUGGGCUCACCUGAGGUUGCAGGUGAGCCCAGAAGGGACAUGACAGCGCAUAGGGACGGCGACACGAAACCAGAAGGACUAAAGGAACACCUGAUGGACGAGCAGCCCAGCCAAUCAAAGAGCAGGAACCCACUCACCUGCAGAAGCAACACCUGAGGAAGAGGCUCCACUUCAGUCCCACCGCUGGAUUUGUUCAGAAUCACUUUGGUUUGAUUUUAUGGAAAAUGUUGAUCUUUUAAAAAAUAAAAACUGCUUUAAAAACAG